UCUCACACCCUCUCUUGCAUCCAUUUUCUUUCCCUAUUCUAUUAUCUACCCUUUUGCCUUUUCAUUUCAUAAAAUAAGUUUUUUUUUCACUCAACUUUGAUCCUCAACAAGCACCUAGGGAAUUGCUGCAUAUAUUUCAAGCCCUUUUUAUGAUCAACUUUCACAUAAUCAUCAGUUGUUUUAUUGAUCCUAUAUAUGUGUUGUUCUUUUCCUUCAUUUUCAUUUUGCCUAUAAUUUGUUCUUCUUGCCUAUUCUAUUAACCUAUCUAUCUCCAAUUUGGUUCUAUUUUCUCUUUUUGGUUUUUACCAACAACUUUGAUUUCCUUCAACUAUGGUUACUACCAUAUCAUCCUCAACAAGCCGCAACUUCCAUCAUCAGUUGCAUACUUUCAACUCAGAGAACAACAUCAACAACAACCUCUUUGAUGCCACUUUCUCUCCAUAUUUGAAUGGCAAUAAUGAAGGGACCAUUAUUGUAGGAAAGCUUGGUGAACCAAGCCAAAAGCUUAAACCUUUUAAGUCCCCUCUUCAAAAGCUAGAAAAGAAAGAAGAGAAUGGAGAAAUAGGUGUAUUUGGUGCUGAAAAGUACUUCAAUGUGGAAGUUGAGACCCCAAGAUCUGUCAACUGCAUAACCACUCCAAAAUACCUUCACCAUAGAGAUGAACAAAUGGCCAUAGCAACUAGAAAGAACACACUUCCAUAUGGAACUCCAAGCAUUCGCUCUGAAUCAACAACUUGCAACAGCCAACAUGCACUACUUCAGAGUGGAAUGAUGAUGAGGAACUCUUCAAGGAACAAAAAGGAGAACAAGGGUCAUCAAGCCAAAAGUGUUCUUGCUGGCCUUGGCUUCAAAUGCUCUUGUUCUGAUAAAGAUUCUGUUGAUGCAGGUGAAAUCAGUUUCAGCAAACCUGCCACAUAUGGUUCAGUUCAUGGAAAAACUAGAAGAAAGCUUGUGGAUAUUGCUGCUCUAGAUGCUAGCCAUUCAAUCAAAAUAAGCAAGCCUAAUGCAGAACUCUUGAAAAUCAACAAUGUUUACUUCCAAAAGCAAGAGAGUACUUUUGGGAAUAGCCAAAAAUUACUCUCAUUCUCACCCUUGAGUUCUGCCUCAGGAAACCAAAACCAUCUUGCCAAAAUGCAACAACAUCAACAACUAGAUGAAGUGGAAGCUGAGAAGCCAAGAAACUCAAUAGAGGUGUUUGGCUCCCCAAUACUGAAAAACAAGCUCAAGUCAUUGAGCUUUGACAGAACCACCACAAGGUUUGUGAUGGCCUCAUCAAGAGAUGGCACUCCUAGACUAUUGGAGGAAAUUGACUCAAACUACAUCAAUGAUGCUGCAAGUGAUGCAAGUUCAGACUUGUUUGAGAUUGAGAGCAUCAAAAGCAAAACCAAUCCUUUCCAUGCAAGGCAAACAUCAGAUGUUGCUGCUUCAAGCUGUGUGAGCCCCACAAAUGGCUAUGCACCAAGUGAGGCAAGCAUAGAGUGGAGUGUGGCCACUGCCAGUGCUGCAGUAAUGUCAGAUUGUGAAGAACAGAUGUCUGAGGUAACCAUAAGAAGUCCAAUAAGAACAACAACAUUUGCUAAUGGAAAAGCAAAAUCCACCAAAGAGGUUCAGAGAAUUAGGCGCCCUAGCAUGCUGUUGGGUUGCAAGAGCCACAAAUCUGUUAGAGUUGCAGGUGAUGCUUACAUAACAUAUGAGAAUCCAAGUUCCACACCAAAACUUCGUAACAGGACUAAUAGUUCCUCGAUGGUGGCAAGGUUUCCUUCAGAGACAAAACUGGGAAAUUUUGGUGCAAAACAUGGACAUCAUCAUGCUUAUGCCACACCAUCACCACUGCAGCACUCUCACUCAUCACCACAUGCCUCAAAACUUCUAUACAUUUAGCACUAGUUUGAGAUAUUUGUUGGUUUUGGAACUAGCUUGUUCAAUUAUAUUUUUGAGUAUAUGGAAAGUAUGAGAGAAAAAGGCAAAGAGUGCAUCUUAUGGGCUUCAAAUUCCCACGUCAAAAGUAGGGUUAAGGUGUCUCUUGUGUAGUACUAUAGUACUAUAUCCCCUCUUAGUAAUCUUGUUGUAUUUUUCUGUUGGCUUUGGUAUCAUAUAUAAUUUUUCGAUUCACAGUA